AUGCUUUCACAAACCAUCAAUGGCGAAGAGCACCCAAUAGCGUAUAUGAGCAGAUCCCUCACUGGGGCUGAACGUAAUUACAGUGUUACCGAAAGGGAGGCUCUCGCUGUAUUAGUCGCGUUAGAGCACUGGCGGUGUUAUCUGGAAAACGGCAAAGUUUUUACGGUCUACACUGACCAUUCCGCGCUUAAAUGGUUUUUAUCCCUGACUAACCCUACGGGACGCCUCGCUCGUUGGGGUGUAAGACUAUCGUCAUUUGAUUUUAUAGUAAAGCACCGUCGAGGCAAGGACAAUAUUAUACCGGAUGCCUUGUCUAGAUGCAUACAAGUUGCUACCCUAAAUACACCAAUCGUGACAACAGCUAACACCUCUGAUACUUGGUACCUUAAUAUUUAUUAUGGGUGCAUUAGUUCUCCAUCUAAUUACCCUAACUAUAGAAUUGAAGGGAAUAUACUUUAUCGUUACAUGAAGAGUAAAAAUCCGCUCACAUCAGAAUUUAGCUGGAAGGAAGUUAUACCUAGAGAGUCACGACACGAUGUUAUUAAUAAUAAUCACUCGAAUCUUACGGCGGCUCACUUAGGGAUCUUCAAGACUUAUAGACGGCUUCUUUUAAAGUAUUACUGGCCAGGCAUGUAUGCAGAUGUAGUAAAGUUCGUUGGCGACUGUAGCACUUGCUUAGCUUAUAAGCAUCCCGCUCAUACUACCUUAGGAAAAAUGGGCAGACCAAAAGACUGCUCACGCCCGUUUCAAAUGCUUUCCAUAGACUUGGUCGGACCUUUACCUACUAGUAGAAAACAGAACAAUUAUAUCUUCGUUGUUAAUUGCUGUUUCUCUAAAUAUUGUUUAAUAUUCCCACUACGACAAGCCACUGCAGCAGCUGUCUGUAAACACCUUGAGUAUAACGUGUUUUUAGUUCAUGGUAUUCCUCAAACCAUUAUUAUGGAUAAUGGCACACAGUUCGCAGGCCGCGAAAUGGAAGCACUCUUAAAUAAGUACAAAAUACCUAACGCGCAAUUUACCCCUAAAUAUACUCCUCAGGUUAAUAACGUUGAGAGGUAUAAUAGGACUAUAAUCACAUCAAUAUCAACUUUUGUGAAUGAUGAUCAUCGAACUUGGGACCUACACCUACCGGAGAUUCAAUUCGCCAUUAAUAAUUCUGUGAACGAAGUAACAGGUUUCACUCCCUCUUUCUUGGUGCAUGGUAGGGAGGUAGUCACUUGUGGUUCUCACUAUGUUGAUAACGAUAACAGUAAUGAGAUUUUGUUCUUGCCACGUGAUAUUUAUGCCGAAAAUCUUGGCUACUUAGCCGAAAUAUUUAAUAAAGUACAGGUUUCCCUUUGGAAUAACUACCAAAAAUCGUGUCAACGUUACAACUUGCGUCGUAAACACGUCGAAUUUAAUGUGGGAGACGAAGUGUGGAAGCGCUGUUUCUUCCAAAGUGAUAAAGGUGCACGUUUUAGUAAAAAGCUGGCACCCAAGUUCGAAAAAUGCAGAGUAACAGAGAAAAGGUCGCCACUAGUCUAUGUAUUAGAGGACAUGAAUGGCCGCAACUUGGGAGCUUGGCAUGUUAAAGACCUAAAGUUAAAACUAAUGUCCUCGUAA